ACGAAGGAAUUGUGCAGCAGCAGUUUGUUUAUGACAUGGAGAACUCCGACAAAAGUAGAAAAGGCGUGCGGACCCGGGCCAAAAGGAAUGCCAGCGUGGAGAUGGAUGCAUUGGAUGAGACUUCCGUCGGUGGCACUAGUGGUGUGCCCACGGCCCCCACUGCACAUCUGGCAGACAAAAGGAAAUCUCAUGAGAUGGAGAUGUGUAAGCUGAAAAUAGAGUGGCAGAAAAACAAGAUUGAUGAGCUGACCAAGGAGAGAGACUAUCUAAAAGAGCAGCUGGCAUCAGCUCUUAAAAGAGAGGACAACGUUUCCAAGCAGACGAUUCCCCUGUCUUCAGAUUCCUGUCGUGACAGCUCAGAAUCUUCCUCUGAUUCUAUGUCUGACUCCUCUAUAUCCUCAUCAGAGGGGGACAGGAAGAAGAAGAAGAGGGUGAAAAGAAAGGGGAAAGGGAAAAAGUAUGGGAAGUCCAAGAGAAUGAAAACAAAGACACGUCAGAGAGCUCAAACACCACAGCAGGUAGUGGCCCGAUAUGAAAAAGUUCUUCGACGCUUCAGCAGAGGAGGGACCAUGUCUGCUGCAUUCAGGCAGGUUGGGGUGGACCGGAACACCAUCGUAGUCAAUGCACCGAUUGCCGAAUUGUACAUCGCUGCGCCCUGCAAAUUUAAGGAACUCCUUAAAACCCACAGCAGUGAGGUUAAACUCAGUAUUUUUGCCACACAAUGUGCUGCUGUGAUUAAGGAGGAUCCAGCUAUAGAAGAUACUAUCAAAGCCUUUAAGGCUUCCAGUAAGCUGCUGCCUCUAAAAGGAAAGUGAACUGAUCUAGGAUCUGUUUUCAAGUUUUCUAAAUAAAACUAAAGUUGUACAAUGGACUGAAACACGUCCACAAUCUGCAUUGCUGUUCUGUAAUGUUUGAAACGUUCUGUAAUGUUAAUACUGAGGUAGUUUUUACACUAAAAUAUUUUAUUAUAUUAUUAUUAAUUUAUAAAAAUGUUAUUUGUUGUAUUUUAUAUGUUUAUGUAUAUAUGUUAUAUGUUUGUGUAUAUUUAUAUGUUUUUAUUUUUAUAUUGUAUGUUGCAUUAGCACUCCUGUAGCACUUUAAAUAAUUUUUUAUACCAUAUUGCAGAGGCUUGUUUACUGGAGGUGUACAAAGAUUUUUUCUUUUUGUGAUAUUGCAGAGGUUUAUUUUUUAUGUUAUAUCAAGUGUACAGUUGUACAGUUUAAUUUUUGCAUCUUGAAAUAAAUAUUUUUAUGUUCUGUAUCCCUCUGUGUUAUGUUUGUUUCCUUUUUCUGUUUAGAAGAUAACUGAGCCUUUAAAUAUCCUUUAUAAAAGCUUUACGAGGCAUGAAUAGUCCUCACUUUAGAUGAGCUCACAAAAAUAGUUAACUGACAACUACUAAAUGUUUUAUAACUACCUGAAUUAAUCAUGAAUUACAGUAGGAAUACGUGUUA